AUGUCCCAGCCUGCUUCCAUCGAGGAACCAGUCUUGCCUACCAGCCCGACAUUAGGUGGUGCAGUUGCCUACAUCAACAAGAAGGAUCUCUUGCCCACAAUGGCCUCUGCUAGUGUGAUUACCCCGGCCUCCAUCCCCGUCCGGGGUGGCACGGACAGGCUGGUCGCCCUCGAGCUGGAGGAUGGCACCGUCUACCAGGGGUACAACUUUGGUGCGGAGAAGAGUGUGUCCGGUGAAUUGGUCUUCCAGACGGGUAUGGUUGGUUACCCCGAGUCCAUCACCGAUCCCUCAUACCGCGGCCAGAUCCUGGUCAUCACCUUCCCCCUGGUGGGUAACUACGGUGUGCCCUCCCGGGAGCAGAUUGAUGAUCUGCUCAAGCUCCCCACAUACUUUGAGUCGAGUCAGAUCCACGUCGCAGCGUUGGUGGUGGCAACCUACGCGGGCGAGGACUUCUCGCACUUCCUGGCCCAGUCCUCCCUGGGUCAGUGGCUCAAGGAGCAGGGUGUUCCUGCCAUGCACGGUGUGGACACCCGUGCGCUGACCAAGCGUAUUCGUCAGAAGGGUAGCAUGCUGGGUCGCAUGCUGCUCCAGAAGACUGGCGAUGCCAAUGGCGUCGCUGACGGUGUCCACGGCGAGGAGUGGAAGUCGCACUUUGAGCAGAUUGAGUGGGUGGAUCCCAACAAGAAGAACCUCGUCGCUGAGGUCUCCAUCCGUGAGCCCAAGCUCUACACUCCCCCUGCCGAUGUUGCCCUCAAGCACCCCUCAGGCCGCCCUGUCCGGGUUCUGUGCUUGGACGUUGGUAUGAAAUAUAACCAGCUGCGCUGCCUGCUCACCCGUGGCGUCGAGGUCAUGGUUGUCCCCUGGGACUACGAUUUCCCCACCCUGGCCGGCAAGGACUACGACGGUCUGUUCGUUUCCAACGGUCCCGGUGACCCCGCCACCCUGACCACCACCAUCAACAACCUGGCCAAGACUCUCAAGGAUGCCCGGACGCCGGUUUUCGGUAUCUGUCUCGGCCACCAGCUGAUUGCUCGUUCCGUGGGCGCUACCACCUCCAAGAUGCUGUUCGGUAACCGCGGUCACAACAUUCCUUGCACCAGCAUGAUCUCUGGCAAGUGUCACAUCACCUCCCAGAACCACGGUUACGCCGUGGAUGCUUCCAGCCUCCAGGACGGCUGGGAGGAGCUGUUCGUGAACGCCAACGAUGCCAGCAACGAGGGUAUCCGUCACACCAGCCGCCCCUUCUUCAGUGUUCAGUUCCACCCCGAGAGCACCCCCGGUCCUCGGGAUACCGAGUACCUGUUCGACGUCUUCAUCAAGACCAUUAUGAACACCCUUGCCACCCCCGAGGCUCUGUCCAAGCCCGUCGAGUUCCCCGGUGGCAUCAAGGCUGAGAAUGUCAUGGCCGCCCCUCGGGUGCACGUCAAGAAGGUUCUGGUUCUGGGCAGUGGUGGUCUGAGCAUUGGACAGGCCGGAGAGUUCGAUUACUCUGGUAGUCAGGCCAUCAAGGCGCUCAAGGAGGAAGGCAUCUACACCAUCCUGAUCAACCCCAACAUUGCCACUAUCCAGACCUCCAAGGGUCUGGCUGACAAGGUCUACUUCCUUCCCGUGAACGCCGACUUUGUUCGCAAGGUCAUCAAGCACGAGCGUCCCGAUGCCAUCUACGUCACCUUUGGUGGUCAGACUGCCCUGCAGGUCGGUAUUCAGCUCAAGGAUGAGUUUGAGGCGCUUGGCGUCCAGGUCCUGGGUACCCCCAUUGAUACCAUCAUCACCACCGAGGACCGUGAGCUCUUCGCUCGCAGCAUGGACUCGAUCAAUGAGAAGUGCGCCAAGUCCGCCUCUGCCUCCACUCUGGACGAGUGUCUCCGCGUCGUUCAGGACAUUGGCUUCCCUGUCAUUGUUCGUGCUGCCUACGCUCUGGGUGGUCUUGGCAGUGGUUUCGCCAACAACAUGGGUGAGCUGAAGGAGCUGUGCACCAAGGCUCUCGCUGUCAGCCCCCAGGUCCUGAUUGAGCGCAGUAUGAAGGGCUGGAAGGAGAUCGAGUACGAGGUUGUCCGUGAUGCUCAAGACAAUUGUAUCACUGUCUGCAACAUGGAGAACUUUGAUCCCCUCGGUAUCCACACCGGUGACUCUAUUGUCGUUGCUCCUUCGCAGACCCUCUCCGACGAGGACUACAAUAUGCUGCGUACGACUGCCGUCAAUGUCAUUCGCCACCUUGGCGUUGUCGGUGAGUGUAACAUUCAGUACGCCCUGAACCCCUUCUCCAAGGAGUACUGCAUCAUCGAGGUCAACGCCCGUCUGUCCCGUUCUUCGGCCCUGGCCUCCAAGGCUACCGGUUACCCGCUUGCCUUCAUUGCUGCCAAGCUGGGUCUCGGUAUCCCCCUCAACGAGAUCAAGAACUCCGUCACCAAGUCCACUUGCGCCUGCUUCGAGCCCUCGCUUGAUUACUGCGUGGUCAAGAUUCCCCGCUGGGAUCUGAAGAAGUUCACUCGUGUCUCUACUCAGCUCGGCUCCUCCAUGAAGUCUGUUGGUGAGGUCAUGAGCAUUGGUCGGACUUUCGAGGAGGCCAUUCAAAAGGCCAUCCGGUCCGUUGACUUCCACAACCUGGGCUUCAACGAGACCAACGCUCUCAUGUCCAUCGAGGCUGAGCUUCAGACUCCUUCUGACCAGCGCCUGUUCGCCAUUGCCAACGCCAUGGCUGCUGGCUACAGCGUUGAUGACAUCUGGAAGUUGACCAGCAUCGACAAGUGGUUCCUGAGCCGCCUGAAGGGACUGAGCGACUUUGGCAAGACCAUGUCCAAUUUCAACGCCACUACUGUGCCCAUCAACAUGAUCCGUCAGGCUAAGCAGCUUGGUUUCUCCGACCGCCAACUUGCCAAGUUCCUGAGCUCCAACGAGCUGGCUAUGCGCCGCAUGCGUGUUGAGGCUGGUAUUACUCCUAUCGUCAAGCAGAUUGAUACUGUCGCCGCCGAGUUCCCCGCUGUGACCAACUAUCUGUACCUCACCUACAAUGCUUCUGAGCACGACCUGAAGUUUGACGACCAUGGUAUCAUGGUUCUGGGUUCUGGUGUCUACCGUAUCGGUUCCUCGGUCGAGUUCGAUUGGUGUUCUGUCCGUACUAUUCGCACUCUCCGCGAGCAGGGCCACAAGACCAUCAUGGUCAACUACAACCCUGAGACCGUCAGUACCGAUUAUGACGAGGCUGAUCGACUCUACUUCGAGAACAUCAACCUCGAAACUGUCCUCGACAUCUACCAGCUCGAGACCUCCAGCGGUGUGGUCAUCUCCAUGGGUGGUCAGACUCCCAAUAACAUCGCUCUGCCCUUGCACCGCCUGAACGUCAACAUCCUCGGUACUUCCCCCGAGAUGAUUGACAGCGCUGAGAACCGUUACAAGUUCUCUCGCAUGCUCGACCGCAUCGGUGUUGACCAGCCCGCCUGGAAGGAAUUGACCAGCAUUGAGGAGGCCCGUUCCUUCUGUGACAAGGUCGGCUACCCUGUGCUCGUCCGUCCCUCUUACGUGCUCUCGGGUGCUGCCAUGAACACUGUGUACUCCGAGCACGACCUGGCCAACUACCUGAACCAGGCCGCCGAUGUCUCUCGUGAGCACCCCGUUGUCAUCACCAAGUACAUCGAGAAUGCCAAGGAGAUUGAGAUGGAUGCUGUCGCCCGCAACGGUGUGAUGGUCGGCCACUUCAUCUCGGAGCACGUUGAAAACGCUGGUGUCCACUCUGGUGACGCUACCCUCAUCCUGCCUCCUCAGGAUCUGAGCGCCGAGACUGUCCGUCGCAUUGAGGAGGCGACUCGCAAGAUCGGUAACGCUCUGAACGUCACUGGUCCUUACAACAUCCAGUUCAUUGCCAAGGACAACGACAUCAAGGUCAUUGAGUGCAACGUCCGUGCUUCACGUUCGUUCCCCUUCGUCUCCAAGGUCAUGGGUGUCGACCUGAUCGAGAUGGCCACCAAGGCUAUGAUCAACAUUCCCUUCCAGGAGUACCCUCCCAUCAGCGUCCCCAAGGACUACGUUGGUGUCAAGGUCCCCCAGUUCUCCUUCUCUCGUCUGUCGGGUGCUGAUCCCGUCCUGGGUGUUGAGAUGGCCUCCACUGGUGAGGUUGCUUCUUUCGGUCGCGACAAGUACGAGGCCUACCUCAAGGCUCUGCUGUCCACUGGCUUCCGUCUGCCCAAGCGCAACAUCCUGUUCUCCAUUGGUUCCUACAAGGAGAAGAUGGAGAUGCUGCCUUCCAUUCAGAAGCUGCACCAGCUUGACUACAACCUGUUUGCCACUGCUGGUACUGCCGACUUCCUGAAGGAGAACGGUGUUCCCGUCAAGUAUCUCGAGGUUCUGCCCGGUGAGGAGGAUGACAUGAAGUCUGAGUACUCUCUGACCCAGCACUUGUCCAACAACCUAAUCGACCUGUACAUCAACCUGCCCUCCAGCAACCGCUUCCGCCGUCCGGCCAACUACAUGUCUAAGGGUUACCGCACUCGUCGUAUGGCAGUUGACUACCAGACCCCCCUGGUCACCAACGUCAAGAACGCCAAGAUCUUGAUUGAGGCUAUUGCUCGUCACUACCCUCUGAACAUCCAGACUUCGGACUUCCAGACCAGCCACCGUACCAUGGUCCUACCUGGUCUGAUCAACAUCGCUGCCUUUGUUCCUGGCCUUGCCACUCUUGGUUCCAAGGACUUCGAGAAGGUCACCAAGGCCUCGGUUGCUGCUGGUUUCAGCAUGGUUCGCGUGAUGCCCGUGGGCGUCGAGGGCUCGAUCACCAAGGCCAGCGAUCUGAAGAUCGUUCAGCAGAACGCCCAGGACCAGUCGUACUGUGACUUCAACCUGUCCGUUGCCGCCACUGCCGACAACUCGGACCAGAUUGUUCAGGUGACUAGCGAGGUUGGCUCCCUUUUCAUCCCAUUCAACCAUCUGUCUGGCAACAUCAACAAGGUGGCUACUGUGACCGAGCACUUCGGUGUCUGGCCCUCGAGCAAGCCUCUGAUCACCGAUGCUAAGGGCACUGACUUGGCCUCCAUCCUUCUGCUGGCCAGCCUCCACAGCCGCAACAUCCACGUCAUGAGUGUGACCUCCAAGGAGGACAUCAGCCUCAUUGCCCUCAGCAAGGACAAGGGCUUGAAGGUCACCUGCGAUGUCUCGAUCUUCUCCUUGUUCCUGUCCCAGGGCGACUUCCCUGCCUGCAGCUCCCUGCCCACUGCCGAGGACCAGAAGGCUCUGUGGGGCCACCUAGAGACCAUUGAUGUCUUCUCCGUUGGCAGCAUCCCCUACCAGCUUGCUGGUAAGGAGGCCUCUCCCGAGGUCGGCAUUGCCGAGUCGCUCCCCCUGCUCUUCAGCGCUGUCGCCGAGGGUCGUCUGACUGUGGACGACAUUACUGCUCGUCUCCACGACAACCCCAAGAAGAUCUUCGAGCUGCACGACCAGGCCGAUUCCUCGCUUGAGAUCGAGAUUGACCGCCCUUACCUGUUCCAGAGCCCCAGUGGCACCUGGUCUCCCUUCAACGGUAAGAUGAUGCGUGGCUCUGUCCAGCGCGUCGUCUUCCAGGGCAAGACCUCUUGCCUCGAUGGCGCCCUCGCCAAGGAUGCUCUCAUGGGUACCGACAUGUCCUCUCACCGGAUCAUCCCCUCCUCUCCUGUGCACAAGCCCACCACUCCCAUGGUCCGCCCUGAGAGUGCUCUGGAGCGCCAGACCACCCCCAGCCGCCACGCCCGGGCUCGCGCUCUGGAUGCUGCUGUCCCAUCCGUCGGUGAGCUUGGACCUCCUCUGUACCCCCCGUCCUCGCAGGUGUCCUCUCCUCUGUAUGAGAUGCUCUCCCGUUCUACCUUCCGCGGCAAGCACGUUCUGUCCGUGAACCAGUUCACUCGCUCGGACCUGCACCUGCUCUUCACUGUCGCUCAGGAGAUGCGCCUGGGUGUUCAGCGCCACGGUGUUCUUGACAUCCUCAAGGGUCGUGUCUUGGCCACUCUCUUCUACGAGCCUUCCACUCGCACCUCCGCCUCCUUCGACGCGGCUAUGCAGCGCCUGGGUGGUCGCACCAUCCCCAUUGCCACUGAGCACUCUUCCACCCAGAAGGGCGAGACUCUCCAGGAUACCCUCCGCACUCUCGGCUGCUACGCUGAUGCCGUGGUCCUGCGCCACCCCGAGCCCACCAGCACUGAGGUCGCGGCCAAGUUCUCCCAGGUGCCGGUCAUCAACGGUGGUAACGGCGCUAUCGAGCACCCCACCCAGGCCUUCCUGGACCUGUUCACCAUCCGCGAGGAGCUGGGUACUGUCACUGGCUUGACCAUCACCUUCACUGGUGAUCUCAAGUACGGCCGUCCUGUCCACUCCUUGAUCAAGCUGCUACAGUUCUACGAUGUUCGUGUGCAGCUUGUCUCCCCCAAGGAGCUGGCUCUGCCCGAGGCGGUCCGCGAGCAACUCGUGGCCUCUGGCCAGCUGGUGUGCGAGCCUGAGGAGCUGACUCCCGAGAUCGUUGCUCGCUCGGACAUCCUGUACUCCACUCGUGUGCAGAAGGAGCGCUUCACCGACCUCGCCCAGUACGAGCGUCUGAAGAACAGCUUCAUCAUCGACAACGCUCUGCUGAAGCACGCCAAGAGCCACAUGGUUGUCCUGCACCCGCUGCCGCGCAACGCCGAGAUCGCUGAGGAGGUCGAUUUCGAUCAGCGGGCUGCUUACUUCCGCCAGAUGAGAUAUGGCUUGUACUGCCGCAUGGCGCUGCUGGCCCUGGUCUUGGCUCACUAA